CAAGACCUUCUCUCCACGCGUCUAUUCCCCAACCUUCACUCUAAUUUUAGAACCCAAACUCUUCUUCACCUUCCAAUGUUCUCAUUGCGCUGGUUGGUUGGUUGAUUUGGCUUUCCUCGCAAAUUUCGGGUAUACUUCUCUCAAUCCUCUUUAUAUUAGAAUUUGCUUCUCUGAAUUGGACACUGUUGCAUUGAUUCAAUUUCAACCCAAGUUUGGAUUUUUAUGCUGCUUCAGACUUUAAGAAAUUAUUGAGGGCUGCAUUGUUUCAAUUCCACCCCAAAGUUGAGUUUUUUAUGGUUUUGCUACUUAGAAAAAUUGAGGGCUGUAUUGUUCCAGUUUCACCCAAGUUUGGAUUUUUAUGAUUCUGGUGCUUAGAAACUUUGAGGGGAUUUGUUGUUUCUGUUCUGGGUUUUGUUUUUCUGAUUCGUAGCUGUCUGUUUGGGGCUUUAGGAUGGCUUUGAAUCUGUCUAGUGGCUCAGUUUUGCCCAAGUAUUCUUCCCCAGAGCAUAGUUUGUGUUCAUCUGUUAGGUGCUCUGAUGGGUAUGUGAGGGAUCAAUGUAAAGAGAAGAGUCUGGAUGGUGGUGCAUCGAGUUCGAAUUCGGAUUUGAAGAAAAAGAAGAGUGCACUUUACAAGGGUGAGUUGGGUGGCUAUUGUGAGCCAUCUGUUGAUGAUAUACUUGAUAGGUUGCCUGUUGAUCCCUUUGGGAUGGAUAUGAGGUCUACUUUUACGGCGAUUAGUGGUUGGCUUGAGGAUUUUGAGAAGGGGUGUGAGUCUUAUGGGUUUAGGGUGGAUGAGCACAAGAAGAAGAAGGUGGUGGAUGGUGGGUUGUUGGCUGGUCUGAAUUGGGUUUGGGAUAGUGCUGUGAUAUUUCAGCCGGAACUGAGUGAGGUGAGGUCUGAUGGGAUAUCGAUUCCAUAUGAUAGCUUUGAUGGGUUUGGGAUCAGUGAUGGGGGUUUUGUAUUGGACGACAAUGUGGAGGAGUUACUGGGUUUUGGCCAUGUGGUGAACUUGGAUGUUAGUUAUGGAACUAAGGAACUAUCAGUUGGAACUGUGGAAAGGCCGGAAUGUAGCACAAAUAUUGUUGACAGUGAAGGGGCCGCUCCACAUGAUGCUAUGUUCUAUGCAUUAAGUUAUCUUGGUGUUCAGGAUCUUCUUUCGGUUGAACAGGUUUGCAGGUCGUUAAAUCAUGCAGUCAAAAGUGACCCUCUUUUAUGGAGGAGCAUUAACAUUGAUUGGCCGUUGAAUGAGAGGAUCACCGAUGAUGCUCUUAUAUAUAUAACUAGCAGGGCUCAGGGUAAUCUUCAAACCUUAAGUCUAGUGCAUUGUGCAUGGAUCACCGAUUUCGGGCUGCAUCACAUGUUUGACAGCAAUCCAAGGCUGACAAAAUUAAGUAUUCCAGGAUGUAUAAAAAUAAGUAUUGAGAGCAUCUUAUCAAACUUAAGAACCUUGAAGUCCGCAGGCAAACCUGGAAUAAAGCACUUGAGAAUUGGAGGUCUGUCUGGUAUAACAGACAAGCAGUAUGAAGAGUUAACAUGCUUGCUCAGUGAAGGUAACCAUAUUCAGGUUAAAGCCCCAAAACCACGGUAUUUUCAUGGCGGGCUAUCGUAUCUCUCUUGUGAUGAUGAUUGUGCCAUCGACAUUGAAGCAUGCCCCAGGUGCCAGAGACUGAGUUUAGUUUAUGAUUGCCCAGCAGAGAGUUGCCAAGGAAAACACCAGGAAGGUCAGAUGUGCAGGGCUUGCAUACUCUGCAUAACUCGCUGUAUUAGUUGUGGGUGCUGCCUUGGAGACUGUGAUUAUGUGGAGACAUUUUGCCUACAGUUGCUUUGUUUGGAAUGUUUGGAGAACCUACUCAGCUAUCAAGAGAGACAUGGAGAAAAAGAUGCUCCGAAAUAUGCCAUAUUUUGUCAGGAGAGCAAAUAUGAAUUUUGCCUUUUUGGUUAAUGGGGAAGGACAAUGCUGCAUUUUGGUGUACUGUUGGUUCUGGUUUGGAAUUUUGAAGGUUUUUUCUGUUCGGAAAAUAAGCGGAAGCUUGGCUGAGGAUUUUUAUCACCAUGAGGAAAUUUUGUGAAGGAAAAUGGAAAAGUGAAGAUGAUGAAAUGAAAAUUAAUAUAGAAAGAAAACAGAAGUGAGGAAUCUUGCUGAAGGGAAAGUGAAAAUAAAAGAGGUAGUAGUAUCGACUAUCGACACUUUGUGCUCGGAGCAGGUGAUAAUAUCUAGAUUGUGGUAGCGAGUGGUGACCAGUGGGUAUGAUUCUGACAGUUCAUAUGCGCUGAAGAUGCCAGGAUCCUAUAAGAGAACUCUUGAACUGAAGUAAAUUUCCAGUCAGGAAUGCUGACCACAUUAGUCAUAUCUAUUGUUCACACGGUAAAGCAUACACCAAAUUUAUUAUAUAUGAAUCUGUGUAUUCUUCAUGCUUACAUGUUUGGAGUACAAUGAAAGGACUGGCUUGAUUAAACCUGUUGCUAUAUAAAUGCAACCCUCAAUUGACAUGGUUCUUAUAUAUUGCCGUGUAACAGUUAAUAUUAUGUACUCGUUUGUGUGUGUAAACUGAUUAGCAACUACUUCGAUGAGGAUAGGUGAUCAGUCAGGUUUGGAAUUGUUCCCUCCCUCCUGAUGCACGAAAAAUAUUAGUUAGCCUGCAUGCAGAUAUGAUUCAUAUGUUGCAUGUUAAUUUGGUUUGAGGUUAAGGUUACGCCUAGCUAUUUGUAAUUUCUUUCAC